AUGGCGACGGCUGUGGAGAGCGCCCUGCGGGAGGCCCUGGCGGGGCCCGCGCCCGGGGCGGCGGCGCUGAGCGCCGUGCGGGACGGGCUGGCGGCGGCGGGGGGACCGGCCGCUCUCGGGCAGCGGGAGCGGGAGCGCUUCGGAGCCCUGCUGCGGAGCCUGGCGGCGGCGGCGGCGGCCGGGCCCGAGGAGCCGCCCGGGCCCUGGCGGAGCUGCUUCGUGGAGGGGCCGCCGGGCCUCGCCUUCAGCGCCCUGCUCGGGGCCCUCGGGGAGCCCCCGGGAGCGGCCCCGCGUCCCGGCUUUCGGCCGCGGGUGAUCGUGGAGGUGCUGGAGCAGUUCCUGCGGGAGGGCCGCCUCUCGGCCCUGAUGUGGGAGGUUUGCCAGCAGCACGCGCAGGGCGGCUCGGCCGAGCUGCAGGACGCCCUGCUCCACGGGAUCGUGUCUCUGCCCGACCGCGUGAGCAACAGCCUGCAGGGGAAGAACCCCGCCGUGUUCUUCCCACAGAGCUACUUCCCUCUGCUGGGCGCUGCGGUUAUCGAGGUGCUGCACCAGAUCUCCAGUUCCCUGAGAGGUGGCUCGGAUUGCUCAAUAUCGUUUGUUUCUCACGUUCUGGGGAAGGUCUGCGUUCAUGGGAGACAAAAAGAAAUUCUGAGCGUUUUGGUGCCCCGCCUCACGGAUCUCACCAAGUCGGACUGCAUCUGGCAAAGAAUUUGCUGGCGACUGGUUGAGUGUGUGCCAGACCGCUGGGUGGAGGCGGUGGUCCUUGGUUUUGUUCAGAGAGCGCCGGGGGCAGACGUCUUGUCUAGGCUGCUGGGGAACCUGGUUGUGAAAAACAAGCAAGCUCAGUUUGUUGUGACGCAGAAGUUCCUCCUCUUGCAGUACGGCUACACGACUGCGGUGCUACAGAACCUCCUUGGCUACCUGGCCCUGGACAGUCUUCGGCGUCCCUUGUUGAUCAAAGUGCUGCAAGAACUCUUGGAGACCUGGAGCAGUAGCAGUGCUGUGAAACACUCCCCGGCUGAGCAGCAGGAAUAUAUUAGCAAGGCCAUCCUUAUCUGCCUUUCCCACCUGAAGGAGCCUGAAAUAGAGAGCUGCAGACAAGAACUUCUUACAAGCAUGAUGGAGGGCGUGAAAUGUCACCUGGAUAGCAGCCUGCCACAGAUCCGGCGUCUGGGAAUGAUUGUGGCAGAGAGCAUUAGUUCAAAAAUAAACACCGACGGGCCUGUGCUGAAGUUUCAGUACGAAGAAGAUGAUGAAGCAAGAGAACUGAAGUCCCUUCUGGUGCAGGCCCCGUCGUUCUGUGUUGUCCCAAGCGUCCCAGACGACAACAGGAGUGAGCAAGCAGAUGCUGCGCUGCCGCCGGCAUCGGAAGGUACUGGAAAAUCCCAUACAGCGGCGACCCACGUGGUGUCAGAUGAGGAGUCGGACGCUGAGCUUGACAGCGACGAUGAUCUUACUCCUUAUGACAUGUCAGAGGACAAAGAACUAAAGAAGACUAAGGCUCCAGUGUAUAUUCGAGACUGUAUCGAAGUCCUGACAGGAUCUGAAGAUAUGGACAAAUGGGAAGCUACAGUCAAGGCUCUUGAGAGCUUGGUUCGAAAGAAUCCAGCGGCAACAAGAGAGGUUAGUGUGGAGCUGGCAAAAAUACUACUGCAUCUGGAGGAGAAGACCUGCAUUGAAGGCUUCGCAGAGCUCCGUCAGAGGGCCCAAGUAGCUGUUCUAACUGCGGAUCCAAUACCUGUAGCACAGUACUUGACCUCCCAGUUCUAUUCCCUGAACUACAGUCUGCGUCAGCGCAUGGAUAUUCUUGAUGUACUGGUUUUGGCAGCUCGGGAACUGUCCAGUCCCAAAGUCCAAGGGAAGACCAAGCAUGUUGAAAAGCCUCGUGUCCAGCUUCUUCCUGGAAGUGACAGCUCUAAGGACUGGAGAAAAAUUGUUGAUGAGAGGAUCAAAAGCAAGACUAGGAGGUUUGCGAAGGGUCCACCUCAAGUGCAAGUGGCUUCUGGCCCAAACGAAUUCAAUUCUGUUGCUGGACACUUCUUUUUUCCAUUGCUCCAGAACUUUGACAGGCCUUUAUCAACUUUUGAUCUCCUGGGGGAAGAUCAGUUUGUCCUUGGAAGACUGGUCCACACGUUAGCAGUCCUGAUGUACCUGGCUGUCAACACUGUGGCAGUUACCGCAAUGGGGAAGGCACUGCUGGAGUUUGUCUGGGCCCUGCGUUUCCACACCGACUCGUAUGUGCGUCAGGGCCUUUUAUCCUGUAUCUCCUCCGUGCUGCUCAGUGUCCCUGCGGAGCAUCUUCUGAACGACAUGACAGAAGAGCUUUUGGAGGCUCGGUCCUGGCUGGGAGAUGUGGUGGAAAAAGAUCCAGAUGGGGACUGCAGGAGGCUGGCCUUGCAGAACUUGCUACUAAUGGAGAACCUGAAAAAGAAACUCAACAAAACUGUCCCUUCCUAGCUGAAGGGUAACAAAUGACUUUACCUCGUACUCUUGCCAGCUGGCUGUAUGUAGGCACUGCUGGGGCCUCUUCGACGGUCACCUGGCUGGAGAAGAGGAAGGAGGGGGAAGGGUGCAGAGCUGUACGCCAGCGAACCUGACUUGACAUCUGGACUUUGUAGUGGAGGCCAAUUUAGUGAGCUACUGCUAUCCGGUACGGAGUGUACAGAUGCAGGAAGGUAGGCUAGCACUGCCAUCCUCUCCACACCUCCCCCAGCCCCCACCCCCAGCUAUUUAUAACCUUGGCAGGUUUGAGUCCUCUGCUAAAAAUACAGGGAAGAUCUCAUAGCUGACUUCUUGUCAGAAAAACAGGAGGGCUGGAAACAGCCACUUACCUCCCAGGGCUGUGACAUGCCUAUAAAAAAA